GCCAACCCCUCCAUCUCGAAGAGUCAACAUUUUUUGGGACGAGCCUUGUCAUCUCUGCAUACCGCCGCGCCCAUUCACUUUUGCAGACCACAGCCGACUUGCCCCAAUACAUAAACCAGUCGGCAGCAGAGCCUUCGCCCUUGAGUUCUACAUCCGAUUUUGCCAGCGCUCUACGCGGAUAUAAGGCGUCACCGCCGGGCUCCCUAAUCUUCUACUUUGCGACACACCCCUUCUUUGCCUAGCGACUCACAGCCGCCCGCCAGGCUUUUCCGGCAUCAUGGUCGUCGACACGGCAUAUUACGAUGCCCUGGGCGUCCAGCCCACGGCGACCGACAUCGAGAUCAAGAAGGCCUACCGCAAAAUGGCUAUUGUCCACCACCCAGACAAAAACCCUGACGAUCCUACCGCUUCUGAGAAGUUCCAAGCCAUCGGCGAGGCUUACCAAGUCCUCUCUGACAAGGACCUCAGAGCCGCGUACGACAAGUAUGGCAAGGAAGGCGCCAAGCCCCAGGAGGGCUUUGUCGAUCCGGCCGAGUUCUUCAGCAGCAUAUUCGGUGGAGAGGCCUUUGUCGACUGGAUCGGCGAGAUCAGCCUCAUGAAGGACCUGACGGCAACCAUGGACAUCACCAUGGCCGAGGAGGAAGCCGCCGCCGCCGCCGCUGCCGAGGAAGAGGAGACUGCUACUGCCGCUGGGGCCAAGAAGUCGUCUGACGAGGCCGAGUUUCCUGGUACUGCAGAAGCCAUGCGCGAAAGCGCAAAGACAUCGGGCGCCACGACUGCUGCUACGCCUGCCGCCCCCCCGCCGACCGUCACUGUUCAAGACGAGAGCUCGGAUCCAGCAAAGCCAGCUCAGGCUGCGGCCGCCGGCACUUCCACCCCAGCAUCGACCGAGACACCACCGCUCCCUUCCAGAACCCCGUCACCGAAUCCUUCGAGACACGCGAUCCCCAUUAGACCAGCUCUUAUGGACCGACCAUCGGACGAGGGGGAUCUUGCUGGGCAGACCGAAGAAGAGAAGGAGCUGCGGAGGAAGGAAAAGAAAAAGGGCCUCUCAAAAGAGCAGCGCGAUCAACUCGCUGCCUACGAGAAGGAGCGCGCGAGAGUACGGCAAGAGCGCAUCGACACUCUCGCCCGGAAGCUGAUCGACCGUAUUUCGGUGUGGACCGAGACCGACAAAGGCUCGGACGUAACCAAGGCAUUCCAGGAGAAGAUCCGCCUCGAAGUGGAGAACCUCAAGAUGGAGAGUUUCGGACUCGACAUCCUGCACGCUGUCGGUGCGGUCUACCUGUCGAAAGCCACUGGCUUGAUAAAGUCGCAAAAGUUCCUCGGCAUCGGGGGCUUCUUCAGCCGCAUGAAGGACAAGGGCACACUCGUCAAGGACACCUGGAACACGAUCUCGUCGGCAAUCGACGCACAGCAGACCAUGGAGGAAAUGGCUCGCAUGGAGCAGGAGGGCGGCGAGGACUGGACAGACGAGCGCAAGAUGGAGUACGAGCGCCGCGUCACUGGCAAGAUCUUGACAGCGGCGUGGAGAGGCUCAAAGUUUGAGAUUCAGAGCGUGCUACGUGAUGUCUGUGACGUUGUCCUCAACGACAAGAAGGUCAAGCUCGAGAAGCGUCUCGAGCGAGCCCAAGCCAUGGUGCUCAUUGCCGAGAUCCUCAGCAAGGCCCAGCGCACACCCGAAGAGGAGGGCGACUACAUGGCCUUUGAGCAGCUGGUUGCCGAGGCUGCUCUCAAGAAGGAGAAGGACUCGAAGAAGAAGGGCAAGGACCACAAGGACAGCGAAGCCGCGACAUCCGCGGCGAACUAGUAGUACCCGUUCCAGACUUGGUGAGCUUGCCCAACCGCUUUGCGGGCAAUAAGCAAAAUUUUCGUCCUUAACGUGGCUCGAGCACGUAGGUUCGCGGCCUACACUGAAGAGAACGAGAGCAAGCGGACCUCGGAGGGAAGCCGAUGUGAAUUCGUGCUAGAGGCUGCCACUCUGCUUGUGUGAAGAUUUCCCCCCAAAUUCCCCCUUCCGUCGUAGUUCGGUUUUUUUUUUAUAUCAUAGAAGAUACUUAUUCUCUCCCAACCCGCGUUAGUACGUGGUGCAGUCUGUUGCAUGCGAAGACCAAAAAUAAUGGUCACUAUGGGGUGUCACAAUGUCUAGAUAAGCUCGUCAAUCUUGACACGACGAAACAAAUGCAAGAUGCCGUAGAGCAAGAUAUUGAGAAUCUGUCGAUACAUUCUUUGUAUACGC